AUGCGGCCUCGGGUUGCUCCGCCAGACGACGGCGGCUCGUCGCAGAGACCGCCUCCGUCGAAGGCCAUCCCCCUGAGGAUCAUCCAGUUCACCAUCUUCUUCUCAGUUGUCGGAGCCGGUGCCCGGUUUGUCCUGAUGAGCGUUUACAGGACCAGUUCCCCGGGGUUCCAGCCGGCUCCGCCACCGCCACCGCUGCCGCCGCCGCCGCCGCCACCGCCACCGAAGCGCGAGAGCUUCCUGCCGUGCACGAUGAAGCCCUACGCGAUCAACCAGUGGAUCAGAGGACCCCCAGACCUGCAGCACGCCAUGACGGACGAGGAGCUACUCUGGCGGGCUUCCUUCCUGCCUCAGCGGAGGCAGUUCCCCUUCAGGAGGGUUCCGAAGAUUGCCCUCAUGUUCCUCUGCAGAGGGCCUCUGCCUCUCCAUCCUCUCUGGGAGAGGUUCCUGAAAGGGCACGAAGGGCUCUACUCGAUCUACAUACACUCUCUGCCCUCCUACAAGGCCAACUUCUCCUCCACCUCGCCGUUCUACGGGAGGCAGAUCCCAAGCAAGGUGGGCAAUUUUGCAGAUUUUUAGCGUAAACAGGGGAGGGGUCUGAUUCUGCAAUUUCUUUCUUCUGCGAUCGCCUUCCGAGUUUCUUGGCCAGCUUUUUUGGCGAAGAAAGAGAUUGUUUCUCAGGCGUUUUUGGGACGAAUCCGCAGGUGUCCAGGUGGGGAGACAUCAGCCUCUUCGAGGCCGAGAGGAGGCUCCUGGGGAACGCGCUGCUCGAUUUCUCCAACGAGCGGUUCGUUCUGCUUUCGGAGUCCUGCAUCCCACUCUUCAACUUCACCACCACAUACGGGUACCUCAUGAUGUCGAGGCACAGCUUCGUCGGCGUGUUCGACGAUCCGGGGCGACAUGGGAGAGGGCGGUACAGCUCCGACAUGGCCCCGGAGGUCACCCUCGAGCAGUGGCGCAAGGGAUCCCAGUGGUUCGAGCUUGACAGACAAGCCGCCAUCUCCAUCGUCAAGGACGAGAGGUUCUACCCCAAGUUCAAGCAUUUCUGCAAGCCGCCCUGCUACAUCGACGAGCACUACCUCCCCACCAUGCUCGCCAUCGAAGCUCCCGACCGCCUGGCCAACAGGACCGUCACCUGGGCCGACUGGUCCAGGGGCGGCUCCCACCCGGGCACGUUGGGCGCUGCCAACGUCACCGGAGAGUUCCUCCGGCAGAUCCGCGGGGAGAAGAGGUGCUCAUACAACGGCCGCCUCACGAAUCUCUGCUUCCUCUUCGCCAGGAAGUUCACUCCGGAGUCCCUGAUGCCUCUCCUGGAGCUCGCGCCCACACUCUUCGGCGUAUCAUGA